AUGCGGACGUCCGACUCCGCCAACCGGUUUUCAGUCCCGCACAUACCUGCUGGCGUCCUCACCGGCUGCUCCAGCGCGCCGCCGUUCGGCCGUAACAGUGCACCAGGGACGCUUGAUUUGCCGGCCGCGGGUGGGUCGUCACAUGCGGCUGUCGGGUUUGGUCAGUCACAGGCGGCGGACGGGUCGCGAUUGGGCAGUGGGCCGCGUUACUUUUCUUGCGGCGAGGCGGGUCAUCGGCAGUCGACUUGUCCACGGCGGGGUGGGUCUCUUGCCUUGGUGACGGAUUUUGAUUUUGAGGGUACCGUUUACUUGUUUAAGUGUUAUUUCUUUGUUCAGCGUGAUUAA